AUGGCUAAUCUGGAGAGAAACAACAAAAUUCUUCUUGAUUUGAGGCGACAGCCUUGGAACAACACAUGUGCCGACUGUGGAGCUCCUGAGCCUGACUGGGCCUCCUACACGCUUUGUGUGUUUUUGUGUGUUAACUGCUCCGGGAUGCAUCGGAACUUACCCUCUGUUAGCAGAGUCAAGUCCAUACGUCUAGACCACUGGCAAGAUUCCCUUGUCGAGGCCAUGCGUCAGAGAGGGAACUUUGUAGCUAAAGCCACCUAUGAGAAAUGUGUUCCUGCUUUCAUCUACCAGCCGCAGCAGAGAGACUGUGUGGUCCUUAAAGAUCAAUGGAUCCGUGCUAAGUACGAGAGGAGAGAGUUCACGGGAGAAAAAGGCUACUUUCUGCAAUCUUACGGUGCAGACACUAUUGAGGCGACACUGUGGAAGAAGGGCAAAGACAACAAGCAGUUUCUCAAAAGGAUCUUCCUACUGUCUCACAAGGACUUAACUCUCAGAUACUUCACCAAAAAGGACUGCAGAGUCCCUAAAGCUGUGAUGAGCAUGAAGGAGCUGAAUGCAGUUUUCCAGCCAGAGAAGAUUGGCCACCCGCAUGGCCUGCAAAUCACCUGCUUGCAGGAGGCACAGACCAGGAAUAUCUUUGUUUACCACGAGAAUGGACAGGUCAUUGUUUCCUUUUUUAAUGCUAUUCGAGCAACACGCUUGGCUUACCUCCAGAAGAAGCAUCCAACUCUGCGACACACUGAGUUGAUACCUCAGAUAACAAGAGACUGCCUCAUAGAGGGCUACAUGGAGAAAACUGGACCAACGCAUCGGGAGCCAUUCAGAAAAAGGUGGUUCACUCUGUGCUCUAUAAACAGGAAGCUUCUAUACUAUAAAUCACCACUGGACGCCACAGAGCUGGGUGCCGUCUUCAUCGGCACAGAGAACUACGGCUAUUCGGUGUCAAUGGGUGGCAGACGCAGCUCCAGAGGAAGCCGCUGGCACCGAGCCAUCACUCUGCAGACACCUGAGAGGCAGUUUGUUUUCACAUGCGAGCAGGAACAAGUGCAGCGGGAGUGGUUCGAGGCCUUUGGCAAGGUUAUCAGUCAGCCAAUGACACCAGAAGAUUAUGCAAAUGAAGCCAACUUUAGAAGGUGCAAAUGA